AUAAACAGGAAGUGUAUAGCGAUUGUAUUGGGCUGGAACCCAAACCGGCUACUAUUCCCUAGAUAAGUGCCCUGUCUAGGGUGUGAAAUAAUGGGUUAUACACCAUACCUAGUGCAUUACAUAGGCAAAUGAGUAGCACUUAGGAUUUACCCAUGCUGACUAAUGAUUUUCUGAGACAUUUUUAGCCAGGGUUUCGUAAGUAGAAAUGCUAAAUUAGUGCUCAGAAGCACGUUAUAGGUUAGCAGUUAAAGGUGGGUGAAAUUUCAGCCAUAGUGCAGGCUAGAAAUAGCUAGCUAGUUAAAGAAGACAGCAACAGUAUCUAGCAGUGACUGGUUCACAAAGGCGCAGAUUGCUGCGGUUCAGGUGCGUGUCAGUGUGUUACAGAGCUGCAGGAAUGAAUGAGGAAAACUUCAGCCUGAGUGAGAAGCUGGUGGCCGCUUCCUAUGUGCGGCAGGGUGUGCAGGCUCGGCGCAGUCAUGAGCAACUCAUCAGGACUCUGCUAGAGCAGGGCAAAUGUCCAGAGGAGGGAUGGAGCGAAAGCACCAUAGAGCUCUUUCUGAAUGAGCUCGCAGUCAUGGACAGUAAUAAUUUCUUGGGGAACUGUGGAGUUGGAGAGAGAGAAGGCAGAGUCGCCUCUGACCUGGUGGCCCGAAGACAUUACAGAUUGAUCCAUGGCAUCGGCCGCUCCGGUGAUAUCGCUGCUGUUCAGCCGAAGGCCGCUGGCUCCAGUCUCCUCAACAAGAUCACCAAUUCAGUAGUGCUGGAUGUUCUCAGAUUCAGCGGUGUUAGAAGUGUGUCAUCAUGCUUUGUGGUGCCUAUGGCAACUGGAAUGAGCUUGACGUUGUGUUUCCUGACACUUCGACACAGGAGGCCGUCAGCACGCUACAUUCUUUGGCCUCGCAUUGACCAGAAGUCCUGUAUCAAAUCCAUGGUCACUGCUGGGUUUGAGCCAGUGGUCAUUGAGAAUGUUCUGGAAGGAGAUGAGUUGAGGACAGACCUGGAGGCUGUGGAGAAGAAGAUCGAGGAACUUGGAGCUGAGAAUAUCCUCUGUGUUCAUUCCACUACUUCCUGUUUUGCUCCUCGCGUCCCUGACAGGUUGGAAGAGCUCGCUGUUAUGUGUGCCAAAUAUAACAUCCCUCAUAUAGUCAACAAUGCCUAUGGAGUGCAGUCGUCUAAAUGCAUGCACCUCAUACAACAGGGUGCACGAGUGGGCAGAAUUGAUGCCUUUGUUCAAAGCUUGGACAAAAAUUUCAUGGUUCCUGUUGGAGGUGCUAUUAUUGCAGGCUUUGAUGAGGACUUCAUUAAAGAGAUCAGUAAAAUGUACCCUGGUCGUGCAUCAGCUUCCCCAUCUCUGGAUGUGCUUAUCACUCUACUCAGCCUCGGAGCCAGCGGCUAUAAGAAACUCCUGUCUGAGAGAAAGGAGCUGUACACCCACCUGGCUCAGGAGCUGAAGACACUGGCUGAAAGGCAUGGAGAGAGACUGCUGCACACACCACAUAAUCCCAUAUCACUGGCUAUGUCCCUGGAUGCUCUUCAGGCUAACUGUGAUAAAGCCGUUACCCAGCUGGGCUCUAUGCUCUUCACCAGACAGGUGUCGGGAGCCAGGGUCGUGCCACUGGGCACUGAACAAACUGUGAGCGGACACACAUUCCAUGGCUUCAUGUCACAUUCGGAUGCCUACCCAUGCCCAUACCUUAAUGCUGCUUCUGCUAUUGGCAUCACCAAAAAAGACGUGGAGCUUUCCAUCAAAAGGCUGGACAAAUGCCUCAAGGCUCUUAAGAAAGACACAAAGGGAGAAAAGUGUGAGUCAGUAUCAUCGCCUUCAGGUCCUGAUGACCAAACUGUUUCCUGAACCAAAUACUGCCUUUAAAAAGAUUUUUUUGUGAGAUCUGUCUGUAUUGCACUUCUCUGGACAAAACUCAGUAAAAGAGCCAAUUAGGUUUCCUGUUUUGUAAUGAAAGUGGAAAGUAGCUUUAAAAAGUGUCAUCUGCUGAGAUUUUUUAGUUGCUGGUCUUCUCUAACAAGCCAAAGUAUUUAGUCUAGAAUAUGACUGAAGACAUUUAUUAAUAAAACUAUUUCAUUGAA